UAAUUUUCAUUCUUUCCUUCAGAUUUAUCUUUCGCGAAUUUAUACAUAUUAUAUAUAUAUUUUGUAUGAAUUUUAAUUAAUUUUUAAAACGCGUAAUGAAAAUUCAUCGUUAAUCUCGAAUUCUCGAAUAGAGCGAUACUAAAGUCGAUAUGUAAAGCAAAAUUGAUUAUACGCGAACGAUUCGCAGCAACUUUAAUUUGUUCGCUCGCGAGUUUUGUUUGCAUACUUUCAGCGUAUGCCGCGAAGAAAUUUCGUUUCGCCGAAUUCGGGUAGGUAGGUGGGCGAAUAUAGGUCGCCCUGUACUAGAAAAGCGAGCGCGAUUUGCAUCUUGUGCGAACGAAUUCGUUGUUGAAAAAUUCGGAACCGAUUUCACGUCCAGACGGUCGGAAAAAUUGAGAGAUUGCAGAUGACGGUGUGUGAUAAAAUUGCGGUUAAUGUAUCAACAAAGCAGCAAGAACAAAGGUCAGUGCACUUAUAUCCAUCCUUUUCUUUCUAUAAAUAUUAUCGUAAAAGGUGUUCUUUACGCGAAUUCAUUCAAACGUUCCUAAUAUUUCAUCAAAUUAAUCCUUUAAAUCGUCUUAAUCUGGAUAACAUAUAUUUUUAAUUAGAAGCAACGAAAAAAUUAAUAAUAAUUUCUUUUCCUAUACGAGAAUGUUUCAAUAAUUGAUUAAAAAAAAAUAAUUUCAUCAAUCCCAUUGUCAAUAAAAAUGAAAAAUGUCACUAUGCAUUAUCUAACCUCGCAUUAUCUCUGAUGAACGAAAUGGAAGAAAUUCAAUUGCAAAUAACUUUUUAAUUCUUAUUCAUCGAAAUCUGAUCUUCGCAAAUCUUAAUUUUCCACGCAGAAAGGAAUAUCUCUGAACGAAAAGACCGCCGCCAUCCUGUCACCUACCACGAAGACCGCCCCUGAGGGCAAGAUCAAUGCAUCGACUUCCGUGUCAUCAUCCAAGAUGGCGAUUCCGAACAGCAGAAAUUUCGCCAAUUGUUACAUGGAACUGUGCAAACAGCAACGUCUGCGACCUCUGCCGGUCAUCUGCGUGACACUUCCCCAUAGUUUAGACUUCACCACCGACCGUGUAAAAAUGGACGAUUGGGGUCCAAUAUUAAAUUCUCUGUCUCUCGAUCGUAGCCUACGAUCGAUCAGCGUUCGCAGCAGGUAUCAAUGUCGCAAACCUUUGGAGGAGAUCAAUUCGGAAGACAAGGCCAGAACGAUGGGCAAGGCACCUGUCGUCUUGUCUCGAUAUCUUCUGGAAUGGCUGUCCCAUAGCGUAGCUCAAUGCGUCAGAAAUUCCCCGGUUCUCACCAAUUUGGAGCUGGAAGGAAUUCCAUUUCCGCCAGAUUGUUUGGCUGUUCUGUGCGUGGGUCUGUCCCACACGCACACCCUUCAUUAUUUGUCUCUCCAGCGUUGUUACAUCGGUGAUAGUUCUUGCGAGGUGUUGUGUCGUACGGUGGCCGAUGUUCCGAGUGUCAGAUCGUUGAACCUCAGUUACUGCGACUUGACGUGCAAAUGCGGCCCGGCUCUAGCGGCCGCCUUGUGCAGACAGAAGCUGUUACUCUAUCACGACACUUGGAAACAAUCGCUCAGAUAUCAGGAGCCGAAUCUCGAGGCUAUGCCCGGAUUACGUCGUUUGACGUUGAACGAUAAUCCUCAACUCGGCGACGCGGCCAUAAUGGAGCUGAUCGAGGCGGUGAGGGAUAGUCUUUGGUUGAAGGCGUUGGAUCUGCAACGGUGUGGAUUGACCGACAAGAUCGGCAAGGAUCUUCUCGAACUGCUGGACCACAACACCACUCUGAGCAUCCUGGACGUGAGGCAGAACGUGAACCUGAACGAGGCGUUGGUGAACGAAGUGAUCAAGAGGCUGGAGGAGAACAACGGUGACUCGAAGACCGAGUAUAGGUGGUUAGGUUUGCCGCAGCACGAUCGAAGAGUGGUGUCUGCAGGGAGUGGGAACAGGAACGAGAACGAGGAUCACAGGAAACCUCCGAUCAGGCCGCGCAGCACCGAGUACAACAAAGGGCCGUACGCAGCUAGGAGAAUGGUUAAUCAAAGUAACGCGAGGAAAAUGAAGAUGAGACCUCACGUUCCACCGUACAAGACUACUAGACAACUUCAGCAACAGGAGCAACAGCACAUCGUUCAAAACGGUCAGCCCAAGUCGAAAAUCUCGCUUCAUCUGGAUCUACAGUCUCACAUACAGCCUGUGAUGGGGGAGGGUCAAAAUAACGUUCCAUCCUACGUGGACAGUAUUCAGGCUGACACCGACAGGUCCUCGUCGAAGAAUCUGGAGAUCAUAAAAAUCGACGUUGGCGUGCAAGUGGAAGACGAAGAAAUGGAGAAUUCCACUAAGAUUCAGAAGAUCCAGUUCCAAUUGAGCGAGGCGAAGGCUGAACACGAUCGGUUGAUCGAAGAGGCUAGACGUAGCGGUAUAAUGCUAGCGGACGAGCGAGGAAGACGCGAGGCCGCCGAGGAGCAGUUAAACGCGAUGAAAGGGAAUCUGACAGAGCUGGAGAACGCUCUGGAAGAGAAGGAGCGGGAAACGAGCGGAUAUCUAUUGCUCAGUCAGCAGUCUUUGGAGGAGAUUUGCAGUUCCUUUGAUAGAUUGCUGAAUAUGUUGGACAACAUGACGAAAAAUCCGAAUACUAAUAGAAGGGAGAGUACCGAGGCUGCCAUUGUGAGGGCGGACAUAAAGAGACGGGUCGCUUCUGUGAUCAGGGAGACGAAAUCUGAGAAUCUGAGGCGAGGAUUCAUCAUCGACGACGACGACUCGAUCCGGUACACGGAGCCUAUCAAGAAGUUUGCCAAGUCGGAGAGCGACAUGAGAUCCGCUUUGCCACCGAUUUCCACGUUGCAUCUGGAGAGGAAUAUAGGGGACAGUCCGGAUAUCGGUUCGCCCACUUUGCAAAGGGUCUUGCUUCACGAGAAGGACUCGUUGUCUCCCAGAGCUAGGGCCAGGGCGCUGUUCGCUCAGAUAAUUCAAGGAAACACUGUGCUUGACUUUUGCACUCAUAUCGAUUAGUAAAUUGGGAGUAGCUGAAGAUUCAGGGACGAGGUUUUGUAAGGUGUACAAGCGCGUGUAGCUUUUUAUAGAAAUAAUAUAGGUAGAUAAAUACACGAAAGGAACGAAGAAAAGGAACAAGUGUUCAGUGCGUCGUACGUUGACCCUGAUUCAUUGAAAUACCUUAUAAGCUGAAGCUGCGAUUGAUUGAUGGGAAACGAAAUUAAGAAAUACAGUAGAUAAAUAAAAAGAAAAAAGAGAAAAUAUCGGAAGAAACACGUUUUAGAAGAAGAAAAUUCGAGAAAAUUGAAGUGUCGUGGUUCGAAUUGCGUGGAUUAAUAAAUCGUCGAAUCGAAGCAAGUUCGACGAUGGUUUCUAUGCAAUUGGAAAUGUAUCGUUAAUAUAUAACGCGAGAAGUCGCGUUUGGGAUCGUUUUGUAACCGCCACGGUUUUUCUUAGCUUCGUAAUUGUAAAUGGAAUAAACAGCUUUCAUCCUUCUCAAUGAGCAUCACUUCGUUCGUGAAACACGUGUGUAGUAUAAUUAGUUUGUAUGGAAGUUUAUUUCGUCCGAGUAGCUAUAGCAUCGAUGUUAUUCCUCUUGUUCUCGUUCUCCUUUCCAUGAAAUUUUCUCCGAUACGCGAGCCACGCUUCCAACACAAUGAUAAAAGGUUAAUAUACGAAUAAAGCCCGAUCGGGCUUAUGCAAUUUCAAUAAUCGAUCCGGAAAUAAUCAUGGAUAAGAAAGGAUGAAACGUCUCGUUAAAUUGCACGAGACAUUUUGUUAGAAACUAUUGUACGUUGCCACUGGUGCUUUACGUAUUUAUUACAAAUACGUAGCUAAAAUAAUUUACCGAGAUAAUUUGAUCCAAAUUCUCUCAGAUGACAAAAAUAUCUCUUUUUUUUUCUUUUUCUUUUUUUAAAUUGUCCACAUGAUAAAACUUUUCGUUCGUUCAUUCUAAAUAUAGUCGAGUCGACUAUUAUUUUAUAUAUACCUCAAAAGAUUCGAACGGCCUAAUAAUUAUAAAUCAUAAACUACUUGGUCUCAAGCAUAUUUAAUUUGUCAACGAUUCAAUGUAAUACACAAAGUAACCAUCAGGAAAUAAAGGAUUAAAUACACACGAAAGAAAUGGAAUCAUUGAUAAAAAAAAAAAACAUAGCCAAGAUUAAAUCAAGGAUAAAAAGCGAUAACGGUAAAGUCGGGCAUUCGUGUGAAAGCUUGCACGCGGAGAAAAGAAGGCGUAAUUUCCAGAAAGCUCCGGGUAUCGACGCCGAGCACGCUCGCUGUCGCUUUUAACGUUCACCCCUUGGCGCUCUAUGGAUUUUCCAUUAGUUCCAACCUGAGUACUCGGUUACCUGAAAAACGGUCAGCCACGGGCUACUAGUCAAAGGUAAUUUUUCAUGAUAGAUCACGCUCGGCGUGGCGUGUUGCGAGCGCGCUUGCUCACGACGGCGAAAAGUAUGCUGCUCUCCAGCAGAAGAUCAAACGUGCCAACAACGUCGUCCACUCUCUUGCUCUUAUCGUUGUUGCUCCCGAUGAAUCGACGAUUAUCGAUCGCGAAAACCCUCUCAACGUUACCUUUAAUCCUCCCCUCAACUGACCACCUGGAUCCGCUCGACGAUUCAUCGCGUCUUUGCGUCACCUAAAUACGCGCUUAAGUGGGAUCCAACGCGUGAAAUGAAUCUUGAGCGUUGUUUGAAGAAGUGGAGCAAGGAUCUUCUUAAUAGACGAUAGAUUAUUUUUGUGUUUUCGCAAGAAGAAUUUUCGAUUUUUUCUUUUUUUGUGAUUUUUUUUUAUGAAUUACAGGCUAUUGGAGGAUCAUUGAGCGUAACUACUUGCUUACUUUUGAUCGUUCAUCGAUACAUCUAUAGUUUUAAAAAUGUUUUUUAAAAAUUAAUAAUUAUUCACUAACAUCUUUGUCCUACUUUUGGAUGGAUUUUUAAUAUAUCUCUUCGAAUAAUAAUAAUCAGAAAUAACAAUUGAGAAAUUGGUUUGAAACAUUUUGACGAAUGUAAAGCUGUCAUUAAUAAUUUCAAAU